UAAUUCUGUACCGCAUGAUACCUAACCACAGAGAGAAAUGUGAUGUUUAUUUUAUUUUGAGUGCCGGAAGUAUAAUAUUGUACAGUUAAGAAAAGGCAAACCUGUGAUUGAAAUGUCCAUUUUCAAGAUUUCAUUCAUUAUUGUUUUGAUUGCCAUUGCGAGUGGCAAUGAAUUUGAAUUUUGUGAAGUACCUGAUAAAUAUACUGACAGCUCAGAAAAGUGUACCGCUCGAAAUUAUUUUACGCAGAAACGUUAUAUUCUUUACGAUGUAAAUCCACCAGAGGGUUUCAAUCUAAGAAGAGAUGUGUACAUUCGUGUUGCCAUCUUCCUGAAGGGAUUGAUUAAACGAAACAAAGAGUUUCAGUGGCAAUUGGUUUUACCACCAUGGGGUAAUCUAUAUCACUGGCGAAGUGAACAUAUAGGACUGCAAGAACUUAUACCAUGGGGUGACUUUUUUGAUAUUGCAAGUUUGCAAAAACACGUGCCAGUUAUUGAAAUGUACGAAUUUAUGGAAGAAUAUUCAUCUGGGAGUAAAGAGCUACAAGUUGAUUGUGUAUACAAUUUGCAAAAUGAUGAUGAAAUGUUCGAGACGGGUAAAUUUGAAGAUAAGAAUGAAGAGACAGACUGCAGUCGUGAUUCUUUACCAUAUCAUAAGUUAGAUCAUCAAACAUAUGAUGGCCCAUUCUGGGGCUAUCGCAAUAUCACAGCCAAGAAGGUGAAAUGUCUCAAGUUCCAUGGCGUGGCAUCUGAUCUCUAUCAGAAUCUCAGACCAACGCAAUACAGAUCUGUAAUGUUUGAUCACAUGGAGAUUGCCUUACAUGAUGAAUAUGGUUUAAAAGAAUACUGGAAGGCUAGACGCAGCAUGCGUUAUAAUACCGAACUGUACAACAUGGCAAAAGAAUAUAGGAGAACUUUUCUUAAUUCCACAGAUAAGAAUGAUAAAACAGAACGACCCGUAGACUGGACUAAAGAAAAGAGUCGACGAAAUGUAAAAGGUGGUCCGUACUUGGCAGUUCACUUGAGGAGACGUGACUUCAUUCUCGGUCACAAGGAUUCCAUAUCGACAAUAGAAAGUGCUGCUUCUCAAUUAUCGGAAAAAAUGGACGAGCUUGGAUUACAUGUGCUGUUUGUUGCGACAGAUGCUGUACCACAAGAAUUUGAACAACUUAAGUCGUAUUUAGCUCGGUACAAAGUUUUGAGAUACGUACCAUCUUUGUCCGAGUUAAAACAAUUUAAAGACGGUGGGGUAGCCAUCGUUGACCAAAUAAUUUGUUCGCACGCCAGAUAUUUUAUAGGAACGCACGAGUCAACUUUUACAUUUAGAAUACAAGAAGACAGAGAGAUUAUGGGUUUCUCCUCGAAGACUACAUUCAAUCGUUUGUGUAAGGAUAAAAAUAAGUGUGCAACAGCUGGGCAAUGGCAGAUAGUCUGGUGAUGAAAUAUAAAGACUCAGUAAUCUUUUUUAUACAUAAAACAACAUCCAAUAAUUUCCCCACAUAUUCUUUAUUGUAAACGAUAGUUAUAUAUAUAAAUUCACAGCAUUUUUAUAUUCUA